CCUAGCCAAGUCAUGUCUUCUGUCCUAAGGAAGUGAAAGUUAGGAAAAUUCUGCCAGUCCAGCAGAAAGAGAGGCCACUUUGGUCACGGCUCUCAUUCUUGACCUGAUCCUGGUUGGCAUCGUGAAAGCGGUCGUCCGUCGGUGCUGCCCAUCCCACAACCGCAUGGACAUGUUCGCCACCUUCUCUGUGGACCGCUACUCCUUCCCCCAGGGGCACGCCACCCGCGCAGCCAUGUGUGCCCGUUUCCUGCUGGUCCACUUGGUGCUGGCCACCCCCCUGCGGGUGCUUGUGUUCCUGUGGUCUGGUCUGGUGGGGCUGAACCGGGUGCUGCUGGGAAGACACAACAUGACCGAGGUGCUGUUUGGCUUCCUGAUGGGCUACUGCCAGUACAACCUGGUGGAGAUGCUCUGGGUAUCAUCGCUGGGCAUGCAGGGGCUCCUGGGGCUCAUCCAGGGGUGAGAGGAGAGGAGGGGAUGGGAGUGUGUGGUAGGUGGGAGACAGACGCCCUGUCCCAAUAUGCAUGAAACAUUGACCGAUCCUGUGGUCACUCAUCAUUGCCUGUUCAAGACAAACAAAUACAACAAAGCCUACCACGCACCAACCAUCCACCCAUAUGUAACUGCAAUCAGAAGUACCUAGGAGCAGGGUGCUCUUCCAUACUGCGAUAAAAGAGAGAGGGAGUGAGAGAAAGUGUGUGUCUGUGUGCGUGUCUCAGAGAGAUGUGUUCUCAAAGGGGAGAAUGAAUGCUAUAGGUUAAAACUUAUGAAUUGAUUAUGGUGUCUGUGGGGUGCUCUGAAAAGAGCAAUGUAAUUUAUGGAGGACACAUUAUGUAUUGACUUAUUUUAAACUUGUAUGGUAUAGAGCCUCACAGUGGAGGUGUCAUAACAGCCAUAGAACCUUACGGUCAAACAGGGAAAUGGUUCCAAUCGUUUUUCCACCAUUCAUUUUUCCCAUAGGGAAUUUUAGAAACACUUCAAAUAAGGGCUGUGUUUAAAUCUCUCUAAUUAUUAACGUUUAAAUUUUGGGGGCUAAAUACAAGGUGACUUUUAUCAAUAUAUUCGGCUCUAUUUGAAAAUUUGACAAUGCUAAUUAGCAUCAAACUAGAACAUCAUGCAAGACUACAAAUCCCUGUAAGCUCCAGCAAGUCAUCUCUAGCUGACACCUUUGCUAACAGGCAUCAAAUCAAAUCAAAUUUAUUUGUCACAUACUCAUGGUUAGCAGAUAUUACUGCGAGUGUAGUGAAAUGCUUGUGCUUCUAGUUCCGACAAUACAGUAAUAACCAACGAGUAAUCUAACUAACAAUUCCAAAACUACUACCUUAUACACAUAAGUGUAAAGGGAUAAAGAAUAUGUACAUAAAGAUAUAUGAAUGAGUGAUGGUACAGAGCGGCAUAGGCAAGAUGCAGUAGAUGGUAUCGAGUACAGUAUAUACAUAUGAGAUGAGUAUGUAAACAAAGUGGCAUAGUUUUAAGUAGCUAGUGAUACAUGUAUUACAUAAAGAUGCAGUAGAUGAUAUAGAGUACAGUAUAUACGUAUACAUAUGAGAUGAAUAAUGUAGGUUAUGUAAACAUUAUAUUAAGUAGCAUUGUUUAAAGUGGCUAGUGAUAUAUUUUACAUCAAUUCCCAUCAAUUCCCAUUAU